UGAAGGAGGAGGUGAAGGCUGAAGUGUGGAGAAGGUUAGGGUUUGUGUUUAUAUAUUUAGAUAUAGAAUAGCAGAAAAUUUGGAUUGUGAGGGAAAAAAUGGGUAGCGAAGAGGAUUCGAUUGAGCAAAGCGUUGCGUCCCGUCGCGAAAGACUGCUAGCUCUCAGAGCCGCUCAGGAGUUGUCGAGUGUUCCCGAACCUGAACCUAACGGCAACAAGGACGAUGAUAAUGAAGAAGAUCAAGAACCUCAAGAAAUGAAGUUCCGUAACUACGUUCCUCACGACAAAAACCUCCAGGAAGGGAAGCUUGCCCCCGCGGUGCUCCCAAAGUUCGAAGACCCUGUGGAUGAUGUGCCUCCACCCGAGCCUGAAGCUAAGGAGGAUCCGUUCUUGAAUAUUGCUCCGAAGAAACCUAAUUGGGACCUGCGAAGAGACGUCCAGAAGAAGCUUGAUAAGCUCGAGAAGCGAACUCAGAAGGCUCUUUAUCAACUCAUGGUGGAACAAGAGAAGCAAAAUCAAUUAACUGAAGGAGAUGAUACAAACGGCACAGUAGAGUAGAUUGCAAUUUGUUCCGGCAGCUGAAAGAUAUUGAAGCAGUAUGUUGAAAACUCCUGUCCCAUUUAAGCUGCUUAACGCAUAAAAAAUUGGUUUCUAAUACACUAGUCUUUGCAAUUUGGCAAUGUAUCGUGAAUGUCGUAUCAUUCACUUCUCUUUCAAUGACUAAGUAUGAGUGUAUUAGAUCUGUUUUUAGAGGUGAAAUAUCCCUGGAUUCUGAUAGUUGUAUUAAUUUUAGAACAAAUUACACUCGUCUCUUUUGUAUUUAAUACUUAUUACACUCAAACCCACUCAUUGUUGGAACCUUACUCAAA